AUGGCCAAUCUCAACAAACUCCCCACUGAAACCCUGCUAGAAAUACUAAGCUACAUAGAUUACAACCGCGAUUUGACAGCGCUUUCACAGACUAGUCGUCGGCUUUACAAUCUUACAAGCAAGUUGAUCGACCAGGCCAUCCGAAAUAUCUUUGAUAAUUGCCACAUCUACCCCGACGAAAGCGGUGCGUUGCGAAAUGCAACAUUCAACGGCAAUGCAAAUUGUGUACGCAGGAUUUUACGAGCUGGAAUCUCCCCAAACUUCCAUCCCAGGUUAUUUUGUCAAGAUGAACCCAUCCAUGUUGCGGCGAGAAGGGGAUAUGCGGACCUAGUUCGUAUGUUCAUAGAGCUCGGUGUCGAUCCGGACGCGAGAAAAGCCCGGAAUGACUUUUUUUACGACAACACUCCUCUUAUGUCCGCAAUAUCGGACGGCCAUGAAGAAGUUGUCCGAGUACUGAUCGAGCACGGAGCAGAGUUGGAAUACACCGCGGAACAUAAAAGCUAUGAUCAGCCUCUCUCUCAGGCCACAAGUAGGGGUCACUAUGGAAUAGUGAAACUGCUACUGGAACAUGGUUGCAACCCGCGAACACCGAACUUCUCAAAGUACUCGGACAGGUCGGCAUUCGAGAUCGCUGGUGGUAGGAACUUGCCUAUUUUGCGCAUGUUUGUGGGGUCCGACAUACCACAGGACUACUUUUCUGCUCCUGAGAACCAUUCUGGCAAUAUGGUAAUCGAGGCGAUGAGAAGGAAUGAUAUGUCACUAGUCAAAUUUCUUUUAGACCACGGUGCUGAGUUCAAUAUGGCAUAUAAUGGGUUGACUCAUUACCCGGACCGUCCUUCUAACAUGUACUUGUGGGAUGACUUUUUGUACCACGUCGGACGCUUGUCAGUAACGUUUUCUGAAGAAGCAGGUUACUUGCUUCGAAAGAUAGAUAUUGAUAACAUCAUCAAUGAAAGAAAUAUCUCCGCGAUUAUGCGCCUCGCUACUGGUGCGGGACGUGGUGGCAAUAUAGGUCUGCUAAAGCGGUUGCUAGACCUUGACUGGAUACACACACACCCAGCUAUUACACCAGAAAUUUGGCAAGAUAUUAUGACUUCGUGCAUGGCAGAGGCGGCUAUUGGAGGUCAUCUCGAAGUUGUCAGACUGUCACUCGACCGUGGUGCAGAUCCUAACGAUUCAGUAUUUUGGAAGCGGAGUGAAGUACGCGCACCACCUCUCCAUAAUGCAAUCGAAAGAGGAUACACGAAAAUUGUCGAGCUACUGCUAGAUAGAGGAGCCAACCCGUUCCCAAGAAAUUGCAAGACUGCCUUCGAAAAAGCAACCCCUCGAUAUGCACCACGAUUAACGCCGCAGGCACGGUAUGAUAUCGUCCAGCUUCUAGUCAACAGAAAUCUCGUUGAAGCCGAUCAGGUUUGGGUGGAUACAGGCUUGUUUAAUCCGAAGGUACCGGUCCGAAGAACCAUCGAAAGAGCCGUCCGCGCGGGGGUAGAUAUAUUCCACCUGGUUCGGCAGCAUCUCGACGUCAAACUCGAUGUGGGAAACGACAACCAUAAGUUGGCAUUUGAGGAAGCUGUAGAGCAAGUUGACACUACAAUUAUAAAGGAAUUCCUUGAAGCAGGAUUCAAUCCCAACGUUCCCGACAGGCUUCUGAUCAAGGCAAUAAGUAACUAUUGGGGCCGAAACACUAGAGAGGAAGUUGUUGACCUCCUGCUGAUGUACGGAGCGGAUAUCAAUUCACAUAUCUUCAGUGGAAUGUAUGGCCACACGUAUUGCUCAGAGGAGGAUGUUAGGUUCCUUUUGCAGAAAGGCGCCGACCCGUUUGUUGUCGACCGGUCUGGUGAACAUCUAUUCGUGAAGGUAGCAACGGAAGGCCAGCUAAGCAUAGUGAAAGGCGUGCUGGGGCACUUUGAUGGGGAAGGGAUUCCCUUUGCUCGGGUCAAAUUUAUGGUUGAGAAGGCUGCGAGGGCCGCAGGCAGCGCUGCGGAUACUGCGAUGGCUUCGGCGUAUGAAAUAAAUCCUGAAGAUAUUUUCCUCAGUGAUGACGCGUUUGGGAAGGCCAGGAAAAUUGCCAGAGUGGAGGAGUACAUAUGGCGCUGGUACUGGCGCAAUAUGUACCCUUGUCCGGAGAGCUAA